ACCUGGUCCUGUAGACGGGAAGGAGCCUGGACACAGUGACCCAACACAUUCACAAAGGCCCUGCAGGACCACCAUGGCUUAUGAUGACUCCAUGAAGAAAGAAGAUUGCUUUGAUGGUGAUCACAGCUUUGAAGACAUAGGACUUGCAGCUGGUCGAAGCCAACGAGAAAAGAAGCGGUCUUACAAAGAUUUCUUAAGGGAAGAGGAAGAAGUUGCUGCACAGGUCAGGAGUUCCUCCAAGAAGAAGUCAAAGGACAGUGAGUUGUUCUUCCUGGGGACGGACACACACAAGAAGAAGAGGAAGCACUGCCCUGAUGAUUACUGUUAUGGAGACAUUUCGUCUUUGGAAUCAUCACAGAAGAAAAAGAAAAAAUCUAGCCCGCAGUCUGCCGACACAGCAAUGGACCUGUUGAAAGCUAUCACCUCCCCACUGGCAGCAGGUGCCAAGUCCUCCAAGAAGGCAGGGGAGAAAUCCUCCAGUUCUUCAAGCCAUUUGGAGAGCAGAAAGGAACACCAUAAGAAGAAGGGCAACGGAAGCAGUGGAGAACUCUCCCUGGAGGACAGCAGUGCGCACAAACCCAAAAAAAUGAAGCCACUCUAUGUGAACACAGAGACACUGACUCUUCGUGAGCCUGAUGGCUUAAAGAUGAAACUUAUUCUCUCACCAAAGGAGAAGGGAGGCAGCUCAGUGGAGGAGGAGGCUUUUCAGUAUCCUGCCCAACAAGCUUCUCUGAAAAAGUCCUCCAAGAAAUUGGCUCGGGAUGAGCAAGGUGCUUUACUCUUAGGGCAGGAGCUACAGAGCCUCCUGAAAACAGCCAGGAAGAAGCACAAGUCAUCCUCAGACUCACACUCCUCUCCUGGCCCUGAAGGCUGUGGGGCUGAUGCCUCCCAGCUUCCAGAACCCCACAGUGCUAACCUCGACGUUACAGGACUUGACCCCAUUCUAGUAGAGUCAGAGUCAUCCUCUGGUGGGGAACUGGAAGCUGGUGAGCUGGUAAUAGAUGAUUCUUACCGAGAAAUCAAGAAGAAGAAGAAGUCGAAGAAGAGCAAGAAGAAGAAGGACAAGGAUAGACACAAGGAGAAGCGGCACUCCCGGACCAAGAGAAGCUCAGGGCUGGCGGCAGGCGCUGCCCGAGAGCAUGGUACUGCUCGGGAGCAUUCGAUGACACCCAGCCCUGCCCCCAGUAUCCCCACCGUGCCACUUCCUGCUCUCCACACAGAUGGACAUGGAGAGAAAAAAAAGAAAAAAGAAGAGAAAGACAGAGAGCGAGAGAGGGGAGAAAAGCCAAAAAAGAAGAACAUGUCUGCCUACCAGGUGUUCUGUAAAGAGUAUCGGGUAACCAUUGUGGCUGACCAUCCAGGUAUAGAUUUUGGGGAACUUAGUAAAAAAUUGGCUGAAGUAUGGAAGCAGUUGCCAGAAAAAGACAAACUGAUCUGGAAGCAAAAGGCUCAGUAUCUGCAGCAUAAACAGAACAAAGCCGAAGCCACAACUGUGAAAAGAAAAGCUUCCAGUACAGAAGGUUCCGGGAAAGUCAGAGCUUCUUCUGUGGGAAUACUGUCACCCCAAAAGAAGUCCCCACCAACCACAAUGCUUUUGCCAGCCUCACCAGCCAAAGCCCCUGAGACAGAGCCCAUUGAUGUUGCUGCUCAUCUCCAGUUGUUAGGAGAGUCCCUCAGCCUGAUUGGACACCGCCUGCAGGAGACAGAGGGCAUGGUAGCAGUGUCCGGCAGCUUGUCAGUGCUCCUGGAUUCCAUUAUCUGUGCUCUUGGCCCUUUGGCAUGCCUGACCACACAACUACCUGAAUUGAAUGGCUGUCCCAAACAGGUCUUGUCAAACACGCUGGACAACAUUGCUUACAUCAUGCCUGGACUGUGACCUCCAAGAAGCCUGGGACAGAAACCUGUCUACCCCUUCGCUAGUUUAUGUAUAUAUGACUGUUCCAGAUCCUCCACUGAUCUCUGGGUGUAGGUUUUUAAUUUUUGUAUCUAUCUAUACAUAUAUAUAAUGUACAGUAUAUACAUAGGAUUAUAACUACUUUGCUUUUAAUAAUUUUAUGAAAUGGCAAGGGUUUAGCUGAAAAGGAAACUUUGGCAUGAAUGUGGGUUUGGGAUUAUUUUUUUGUGUGAAAAAAAAUCUGCCUUAAAAAAUCAGUGUAAUUUGGGGACUAGGGGCUUAUUCUGGGUGCCAUGUGUAUCUCGUUAUAGACAGCUAAAAUGUGAUUUUUUUUCCCCCAAGCUUGGUUGUACCUCCAGACCCAUCACUGACCAUUUGCCUUACCUGUCUUAUAAUUGGAAAUAUAGUAAAGAUUAUGGGAGGAGACCAGCUGACUACAAACUAUUUGACUCAAAGUGACCUGAGGGGAGGUAGAGAUGGCUUAGGCGGACUAAUAGGGGACUCAUUCCAUUUCUACUAAACAGGUAUCUGUGUCUCCAAUUUUAUUGUAACCAUUGUUACCACAGAGUCAUUGAUACCACUGAUAGCCUUAGUUAUGUGAUUCUUGGCAGCAGAGAAAUAGCUUGGAGAGGCCAAAGCUGUUGGUGCCACCUUUGAGCCUACAUUGGCUGGCCAAGAAGGCUUGGUCUAUAAAAACCAAAGCUGGUAUCUUUUGUUUUGUUGGUUGGCCACCAAAUCCUGAGAGAUUCUGCAGCUUCUUAGUUCAGCUCUGGUUCCCCUGAUGGGCAGAUUGUGCUCUGCAUUCCUCACACAUGUGGAUCACAAAGGAACCCUCGGUUCUCAAUGGGGUUAUCUAUGUGUGUAUGUGAGCAUAUAUUUUAAUUAUGUGUAUUUAACUCUUUAGAAUUUUUAGAUUUUAAUUUAUCCUGUAAAUUUCUGUAUAUAUAAUUUAAUAACAAGCCUCCACCAGCAGUAGCAUGUGGAGCAUACAGACUUGUCAUUUCUUCGUGUCUGUCUAAAAGCUCCAGGUCAUCCAUAUGUUAAGGUGUUAUGACUCAGAAAGGAGCUUCAUGGCCCUCAAUAAUGUUAGCAAAGUGAAGUAGAAAGAAAUGUCACAAUUCCCAACUGCCCUUAUUCCCAAAGACCUGCUUCCCCAUUAAAAGAUAGUUGAGCACUCCAGAGUUGUUUGGAAGCUUGGUGUGAGAUUCCCUUCCCUGCCAAAACCAUGCUGAGGUAACCAUGCUUUCUCCCUCUGGCCUAAAUGGGACAAGGCAGCAUCACAGUAAGCUUUGGGGACCAUGUAGUCAGCUGCCAUCCUGUUUAAUUCCUUCCCAUAUAGCCUCACUGUGUUUCAUAGCUUAGCGCCUCACAGGCGUUCUGGACAUCCAGUCUUUCUCAGUUCAGAGCAGUGUUGAGAUGUAUUCUGGGAAAUGGAGAAAGAAACAGGAAUAUGUGGGAACUGAAUCAAGAAGAACCAAAAUUUAAAUUUCAGCUAACAGGUCAGAAUCUCAUUUGAACCUGCAGAAGUUUCCUUUAAGAAACAGGGUGUGAAGGAGAGGCCAAGAAGGCACACAUAGUGCAGGAAGCAGCCAGUCCUCUGUUGUCAUUGCUACAGACAGCAGUGAACUCCUGGUGAUAACCGGCUUUUUCGUGUUCAUUUUCCUCUGAAACCUAGCCCUGUUGUAUUUGUAUUAAAGAUUUGUACACAUUUGUAUAAUAAUCUGUAACUUGUGGUAUUUGGUACUAUUAGAAGAAAAACUUUGGAUUCAGGCCUUCUUGCUGUUUUUAUAUCAUUGUUUUAUUUUGUUUUUUAAAUAAAUCCUAGUGGUUUGAUCCAAAUCUUACAGUUGUAUAAAAAACAAAAUUUUGUACUUAUAUUAAAGAUCUCAUUUUUAAUAUU